AACGAUUUUUAUAGUAUAUAAAUAGCUAUUUGCCCGAUCGGCUUGUUACAUUACAUUGUAUCCUUUAACGAGCAAUCUGUAAUUAAGUCAAUAAGCAAAGUUUUUCCGAUAUGAAGUAUUAUUUUGGUUUCCUGAUGUGUUUAGCGAUGGGUGCGAAUGCGCUGGACCAAGAAAUUGUCGAAGAAAUUCUGGAAGAGAUACAAAGGGUAGGAGUUGAGUGCAUCAAGGAAACUUCAGCUGCUCAGUCCGACAUCGCCGAAUUGAUGGCGAAAAAGAUGCCUUCUACUCACGAAGGAAAGUGCAUGCUUUUCUGCUUCAGCAAGCAUUAUAACAUGAUGAACGAUGACGGUUCUUUAGUAGCGAAUGGCAUCGAAUCAUGGGAAAAAAUCAAGAAUAAUGACGCAGAAUUGUACGAAAAAAUCGUCCAAAUACACAAGACUUGUCACGACAGCGCUGUUAUCGACGAAGAUCCUUGCGAAACUGCCACCGGUUUGGCAAAAUGCGGCAUGGAGGAGGCCAGAAAGGCGGGCCUUCAUGAACAAUUUGCCGAGUUCUAGUUGCCGUUAGAUAUUAUUGUUUUGAAAAUUAAAAUUAAUAAAUCCUUAAU